AUGGCCAGCGUGCCUGAAUCCGGUGACGGCGGAGGCGGCGGGCAUGGCGAAUCGGGUCUCCAUGGCUAUCAAUUUACGUUCCAAGCUCCGGAACAGGGCGAUGGCGUUCACCUUGAUCCGCGGACAGGACAGAGACGGGAACUGUCCGAAUCCUUAUCCGAGAGCGUGCAGAAUUUUCCAGUUGAGUUUGGUCGCACGUACCAUGCGUACAGGGCAGGGUCAUACGCUUUUCCCAAUGAUGCUCCUGAACAGGAGCGGUUGACUCUACAAGCCGAGACUCUCAGGAAACUCUUCGAUAACCGGCUUUUCUUUGCGCCACUGUCGGAGAAGACGCCGCCGCGGACCGUCCUCGACGUGGCCACGGGCGUUGGCGACUGGGCGAUCCAGAUGGGCGACUACUUUCCUGACUCGGAGAUUAUCGGCACCGAUCUCUCCCCAAUUCAACCGGAGCAUGUGCCUCCAAACGUCAAUUUCUAUGUCGAAGACUCAUCGGAUCCAUGGGAGUAUUCCAAAAAGUUCGACUACAUCCACACGCGCGUCACAGCAGGCUGUUGGUCCUCGUUCGAGAGUGAGAUUGCCCAGCAGGCCUUUGAUUGUCUAGAGCCAGGUGGCUGGUUCGAGUCGCAGGAAGUCGACAGCACAGUUGCGUGCGAUGACGGAACGCUGGGUCCGGAUUCAGCACUGGUGCAGUGGUUCGAAGAGAUAACAGCCGCGGGAGAGACGUUGAACCGUCCGAGUGUGGUUGGCGCUUUGCUCAGGGAGUGUUACGAGCGCGUGGGCUUUGUGGAUGUCCAACAGCGCAUCUUCAAGCUACCAGUCAACGGCUGGGCCAAGGACGAGAGCCUUAAAGAGUUGGGGCAGAUGUGGGAGAAGAAUCUCCUUACUGGCCUGAGCGGGUUUUCGUAUCGGCUCUUCAACAGCGUAUACGGAAGAAGUCCCGCGGAGAUCGAGGUCUCGCUGGUCGACGUUCGACAAGAUAUUUCGAAUCCAAAGAUACACGCCUUCAUGCCCGUCUACGUCGUCUGGGGACGAAAGCCCUAUCCCGGCGAAGGCCCGGUUCCCACAUCGAAAUUUCAAUAA